AUGAGUCCAAAUCGGCAAUAUCUAAUGUCCCCCAUGGACUAUGUGGAGAGCCUCGCCCCUAAAGACAGAUUCCAUUCCUCUUCGCCCACGCUACUUUCAGGACAGCGGCUGCCACAAACCGUUCCGGUACCCAAGCCUCGCAUUCUUGCAGAAAUGAUUCCAGAAACUGAGUUAUUCCAGAAACCCGAUGGAGGUACAACAAUAACUCCACAUUUGUCUAGAGCGAAGAGGUCCAGAGAGGCGGAAAUCGUGACGGCAAUGCGCAAGAUCGAAAACGAUCAGGACUACUUCUACACAAAGCUAAAACAGAUCAUGGAGCCUCCGACGCGACAGGACUCGCCGCUACCUGAGUUAUCACAACUCAUGGAUAACCAAGGAAAUUAUCUACUGGACCAAAUUUACAGAUCGCUAGACUUAUACGACAGCCCCUCAAACUGUACCGAUGAUGUGAUGAUCGUGAAGCAUUUUUUCACCCGACUACUGCCGUCAGUAUCUUCAAGUUAUAAUCCAUUGUGGCCAGGAGCUGCCAUUCAGUACUGCGACAAGGAUAUUGUCCGAAGUUGCUUUGUUUCUAUCGGAGCGCUGCAUCUUGCAGGCUGGGUCAGCGACACCGGCGCCAAACGCAAGCUAUUGGAGAAAGGACAUAGAGGAUCAGUCUGGGUGUCCGGGGCAGUUAUUUGUGUGCAUGUCGAAGUUAUGCCAUCUUCGCAAUGGGAUCAAGCACAACAAGCUUCUGGGCACAGAGAUCAGGAAACUUUACUGUGA